AUGUUCAUGGAUCAGAAAUGGACUUCAUUCGUCUUGCUGCUCUCAGUGGUCUAUGUGGCUUCAUACCUUCCUCAUCGGUAUCACUUCGUGAAUCAGUAUAAAACGUGGACUGAAGGUCAGAGCUACUGCAGACAGACCUUCACUGAUCUGGCCACCAUCAACAACCCGGAAGAGAUGAACAUGGUGAAAUCCAUGCUUCAAAAUAAAGUUGGGCGUGUGUGGAUCGGCCUAAAUAGAGUAGAUGGUCAGAAAUGGCUGUGGUCUCUGGAAGAUGGCAGCUCCUUCAUAAAUGGACAGUCCUACAAUAACUGGUAUACAGGCGAGCCAAACAACGGACUAAACAGGAACUCUUGUGUUUUCUUGUGGGGCUCUGAUGGAAACUGGGUUGAUGACGACUGCACAAAUGUAUAUAACUUUGUAUGUUACACAGACCAGCUGAUCUUGAUCAAUCAGAAUCUGACCUGGAGAGAAGCUCUGAGAUACUGCAGAGAUAAUUAUGUGGAUCUGGUCUCUGUUCACUCUGAGGAGAUCCAGCUCUGGGUGAAGGAGGUGGCACAGAAAGCCUCCACUGAACUUGUGUGGCUGGGUCUGCGUCACACCUGCACUCCGGGUUUCUGGUACUGGUUGAAUGUUUCACCUAUGUGCUACCAGAACUGGGCUCCAGGUAACGGGACCGGAGGAGAAGACUGCAGCACUGUAGAGAGAACCGGAGCAGUGCAGGCUAGAGGAGGUCAGCAGUGGGUCAGCCUGCCUGAGACCCACAAACUCAACUUCAUCUGCACCGCCUAUUAAGACUAAAGAAGCUCUGGUCAUCGGCGCUGAAAAACAAUGGAUCCAGAACUAGAAACGGAGCACAAAAGGAAAUGAGACGGAACACCUGGGGCCUGUCUCAUGAAGCAUGUUGAACAUGGACAUGACUACUGAUCAAGUUUCCACUCACGUAACCUACUGCCACUUUACAUGACUACCCUUAUUAGGAGCUUGUUAAUGGUUAUUAAUUAGGUCAUA